UUCUGUUACAACCUUAAUCGUAACCGUAAAACCUUUGUGGCAUCUCUCGUGUUGGCUCUCUGUACCAACGAAUUCGGGUGUCCUUUAUACAGUACUUAUUGGUCCCUCCCAAUUCCAUCCCAACGCAGCCAUCUUCCUCUGCUCCAUCAUGGGUUGCGGCUUGUCAACAAGGCUGAAUCCAGAAGACGCCGCAACCCUUAGCCAUGGACGCAUGAUGAGUAGUAGUGAUGGCCACAUUACAGACAUAAAUUCGCCGGCCACCAGCAAGCAUCACGACCGUGGCGGCGACGACAGUGUCCUGUCUUUCGCCCAAUGGAGCCAGAAAAGCGGGUCGUCGACGCAGGGGAAGGACGCGAAGCAGGUGGGUGAAGGAGGAGAGAAGGAGGGAGAAAAGGAGGAAGAGGAUUAUCAAAGUGAAGUCCUCAUUUUUCCAAGGUCCCCAAGUUUCAGGGUGUACUGCAUUGCCUCCUCUAACUCCAGCAGGAGUCACAGUUUUAUUAGUGACAACGACUCUGCCUCCAGCGUCAAGAAUAACGGCGAUGAGGAUUCAACGAAUAAGCCAACCGAGGAAAAGAAGGAACGAAAGAAGAAAGAAAGAAGAACACGAGGACUUAGGAGUGCUCUGCAAAAGGGAAUGCCCAGAAGGAAGAAGAAUCUUCUAAGUUUUGGUUGCUACACUAGCCAUGCAUCCUACGAUGAAAAGCCCUUAUAAUAGAAUGAAUCUCCUUUCCCUAA